AUGCAUCACACGGCCAUGCGUUUUAUCCCAUCCCCUACGGACCACAAACAUGACCCCCUCCGGUGGCCACGUUGGUUGAAACUAUCAGUUGUGCUCACGACAUCCCUAUCCAACUUUGUGUCCAACAUGGCAGGCGCUGGUCCUGCCGUGGCUAUACAGACCUUCAUGGAGGACUUCCAAAAGUCUCAGGAGCAAGUGACUCAGCUUUUGACGUUCAAUUUCCUUCUCCUUGGUAUUGGUAAUAUAUUUUGGGUUCCACUCGCCAUGAAAUUAGGCAAGAGAGGAACGCUUUUGAUAGCCAUGGCCUUGCAGAUGGGCUCCCUGAUUUGGUGCGCGCUCGCCAAAAGCUUUAAUAGCUUACUUGCAGCCCGAAUCGUACUUGGUUUUGCUUCUGCAGCUGGAGAGAGCAUUGUCCCCGAAGUAGUUGCGGAUGUCUUCUUCCUCCACGAACGGGCCACGAUGAUGUCCGUAUAUGUUAUCUUAAUAUCCGCAGGAACUGCUAUUGGUCCUCUCAUCGCCGGAUUUAUGGUACAGUCCACCGCUCAAACAUGGAGGAGUUAUUUUUGGCUCUGUGUCGGCUUGGCUGCUGCCAAUCUUGCCCUUCUAUUCUUCUUUUACCCGGAAAGUAACUUUCGCCGACCUGAAUUGCAACAUAACAACCAGAUCAACAUGGGCGUGGAGGCAAUCGAUAAAUCUGGUUUCGAUUUUGUCGAAACCGUUCCUAGAGCUGAUAUGGAAUACACGAUUCAUAUCUUGCCAUUCAUUGAACGCCUUUCCUUGAUUCGAUAUGAUACUAGCAUUAGUUUCUUGAAAGCCCUUGUUAAUCCCCUUACACUGCUACGCCAUCCAUUUACCAUGUCAUCCCUCCUCAUGCCACAACCAUAUAACUUCUCGUCAAACGACAUAGGCCUCAUGGAAAUAGCGGCGUUAAUUGGGUUUAUAAUUGCCUGCUUUGGUGGGGGUUAUCUUUCCGAUGUCACCACUGCACACAUUGUUAAGAGAAGCGAGGGCGAAAUUCGACCCGAACAACGCCUUAUCUCGUUGCUUCCAGGAAUGUUCAUUGCCCCAGCUGGGUGUAUCCUCCUUGCCUUCGCAUGCGAGGAAAAGCUCGAUUGGGUCGCGAUAGCCUUUGGCUUUGGAAUGGUUUCAUUUGGAGAAGUCUACACGCCAAACAUCGCUCUCACCUAUGUAGUCCACCUCCAUAAGGAAAAUGCCGCUCAAUGUCUCGUUCUCAUUAACAUCUUCAAAAACAUUCUCGCAUUUCUUUUCUUGUAUGAGGCCGUUCCUUGGGUUAGCUCCCAGGGUUAUACCCAAGUCUAUAUGAUCAUGUUCAUGUUAAACAUGCUGACGUUGGUCACGGCUCUACCGCUGUAUUUCUAUGGACAUCGAAAGCGAGAAUAA